AUGUCUGCUCUUCGCACAGUACUUGCUGGUGCCUCGAUCGUGGGUGGUGCUUUGGCUGCUAGUUCAGCCAUCACCGCCAACGGCCAGAACUUCACCCUGACCGGCGCCAGCUCCUCCUACCUCUUCCACGUGGACCAAGCCUCCGGCGACCUGAUCUCCGACCACUUCGGCGGCCCAGCGACCGACUUCGUCAACCCACCUUCCAUCUCGCAAAGUGGGUGGGUAGCCGGUAUAGGCGACGAAAGGCGCGAGUUUCCCGACGUCGGACGAGGCGACUUCCGGCUCCCAGCCAUUCACAUCUCCCACGCCGAUGGCGACACCGUCACCCAACUCAUCUACAAGUCCCAUGAGAUUAGCGAUGGAAAACCGAGUCUUACUGGUCUUCCGGCGACAUAUGGGAAUGCGAGCGAUGUCUCAACUUUGACUGUGCAUCUUUACGACAAUUACUCCUCCGUCGCUGCGGCGUUGUCUUAUUCCAUCUUCCCGCAGUAUAAUGCCAUUGCAAGAUCGUUUAGCAUCACCAAUAAUGGAACGGCCAAUAUCUCCAUCGAGCGUGCGUCCAGCUUCAGCCUCGACCUCCCAAACUUGGACUUGAACAUGCUGGAACUUCAAGGCGAUUGGUCUCACGAAGCCAAUCGUGUUAUCCGGCCUGUACAGUACGGCGAGACUGGCUUCCGUAGCACCGUUGGCUACUCCUCCCACAUCCACAACCCCUUCUUCGCUCUCAUGUCACCCUCCACGACCGAGUCGACGGGCGAGGCGUGGGGUUUCCACCUCAUCUACACCGGCUCCUUCGCCGCUACCACCGAGCGCUUCUCGCAGGGGUUCGUACGGGUGUUGCUUGGAUUGAACCCGUUGCAUGCAAGUAUCCCUGUCGCUCCUGGUCAGACUUUCCAGUCUCCAGAGGCGGUGGCGGUAUAUUCGUCUGAGGGUCUGGGUGGGAUGAGUAGGAGUUAUCAUGAUUUGUAUAAGAAUCAUCUUUCGAGAAGUAAUCACACUUUUGAGUCGAGGCCGGUGCUGCUGAACUCUUGGGAGGGACUUGGCUUCAACAUCAACCAGAGCUCUUUAGAUCAGCUUGCAAAGGAGACUGCAGAUCUUGGUAUUCGACUCUUCGUCAACGACGAUGGUUGGUUCGGUAACACACCAUACGCACGUAUCAACGACACCGCUGGUCUUGGUGACUGGACACCAAACGUCAACCACUUCCCCAACGGUCUCGGCCCAUACGUAGGAGACGUCAACGCCUUUGACACAGCCAACACGACCGAGUCCCUCAUGUUCGGAAUCUGGGUCGAACCAGAGAUGGUCAACCCCAACUCCACCCUCUACCACGAACAUCCCGAAUGGGCCAUGCACGCCGGCGCCCACACACGCACGCUCGUCCGCAACCAACUCGUCCUUAAUCUAGCCCUGCCAGAAGUACAAGACUACAUCAUCGGCGCCAUCUCCAACGUCAUCAAUAGCGCCAAUAUCUCCUACAUCAAAUGGGACAACAACCGCGGCAUCCACGAGAUGCCUACCCCGGCCACAGAUUACGCCUACAUGUUGGGCAUGUACCGCGUAAUGGACAACCUCACCUCCACCUACCCCAACAUCCUCUGGGAAGGCUGCGCCUCAGGAGGCGGCCGCUUCGAUCCGGGCGUGUUGCAUUACAUGUCCCAGUCCUGGACCUCCGAUAACACCGACGCCGCGAACAGGCUCGUGAUUCAAAUGGGCACAUCGAUCGCCUACCCACCCUCAGCCAUGGCCUGCCACGUCUCCGCCGUCCCCAACGGCCUAACAAUGCGGAACAUCUCAAUCGAGUACCGCGCCCACGUAGCCCUCAUGUGCGGCUCCUUCGGCUUCGAACUCAACCCCGUCGACCUGAGCGCCGAAGAACGCGCCGCUAUCCCCGGUAUCCUGGAUCUCUGGGAGCAAAUAAACGCGAUCGUCAUCACCGGCUCCUUCUACCGCCUACGUUUGCCAGACGAUAGUAACUGGCCGGCGGUCCAAUUCAUCUCCGCCAACGCGACUACGGCUUUGGUAUUUGCGUUCCAGCAGCAGGCUAUGAUCAAACCUGCGCCUCCGCCAUUGAGGAUGCAGGGGUUGAAUGCGACGGGGAUGUAUACGAGUAAUGCGUAUAAUGGGUCGUAUUCGGGGGCUACUCUCAUGAAUGCGGGGUUGAAUCCGGUCUUCCAGAUUGAGGAUUAUCAGAGUCAGGUCAUUUGGUUGUAUAGGCAGUAG